CAAAAAUUAAUUAAUUAUAUGCUUUUAAACGAAAUUUAUACAAACGAAAUCGAAAUCUAACAUUUUUUCUAAACAAUAAACCUACUGAAUCUUCCUGUUCUAAUUCGAUAGUCAACUUUAAAUAAUUCGAUUAGUCAAGAUCGAUUAAACGGAAGAUGGGGGCGAUGGAGAAUGUUAAGAAAUUCAGUCGCAUGCGGUCGCUGGGAAUUGUCACGGCAGGGGCCACCGCCUUGCUGAUGGGUAUUACGGCGUACAACAACAAGGACCGGUUCUUCCGCACGUUUAUUAUGCCGGCCGUGCGUCUGCUGCCUGCAGAGGCCAGCCACAGCUUGGCUGUGCUCGCGUGCAAGUAUCGUGUCUAUCCUGUCUCCGAAUAUCAAGAUGACAUCAAUUUGAAUACCCCGUUUUUUGGUCGCCUGCUGAGCAAUCCGAUUGGCAUCGCCGCUGGAUUUGACAAGAAUGCCGAGGCCGUAUCCGGCCUGAAAGAUCUAGGCUUUGGCUUUGUUGAGGUAGGAACUGUCACGCCCAAUGCUCAGGAGGGAAAUCCGAGGCCUCGAGUGUUCCGCCUAUCUGAAGACAAAGCUAUUAUAAAUCGUUAUGGGUUUAACAGUGAUGGCCACCAAGCUGUUCUGCAGCGGCUUAGCGAGGCGAGAAAAAAGGAGAAUUUUAAUGCCAUAGUGGGCGUUAACUUGGGGCGCAAUCGAGACACCCUGACCCCAGUCUCUGACUACGUACAGGGAGUCAGGGUCUUCGGGCCCGUGGCGGAUUAUCUAGUAAUCAAUGUGAGCAGUCCCAACACGAAAGGACUAAGGGAUAUGCAGAGCAAGGAGAAGCUUGCCGAGUUGCUCGAACAAGUGAACGAGGCGCGGUCGGGUCUGGAAAAGAACCGUAAUGUCCCGAUCUUGCUCAAGCUAUCGCCCGACCUAGAGGUCUCCGACAUGAUCGACAUAGUGGCAGUCAUUAAGCGGAACAAGAGUCGCGUGGAUGGUCUCAUUGUGGCCAAUACGACAGUGUCGCGGGACAAUCUGCACGGCAGUAAGUGGACCACAGAGAGAGGCGGUUUGAGCGGAAAGCCGCUCAGAGCCCGCUCCACAGAGAUGAUUGCCCAGAUGUAUCAGCUCACCAACGGAAAAGUUCCCAUAAUUGGUGUUGGCGGCGUCUCAUCCGGUCGUGAUGCGUAUCAGAAGAUUGAGGCGGGCGCUUCGUACAUCCAAAUCUACACUGCUCUGGUCUACGAGGGCCCAUAUCUCGUUGAGCAGAUCAAGGACGAGCUUUCGAAACUCAUCACCGAACGUGGACAUUCCAAUGUACAGGCAGUGGUUGGGACAAAGUCAAAGUUCUACCUACCCAAGUAAGAAGCACAGUUUUAGGAACUAAAAAUGAAACAAUCGAAAUAUUUCUUUGGCUCCGGUACACGUAAUUAAACCUCUAUAAGAUUACAUUUGUA